AGCCGCCCGGCGACACCUCGGCUUCCGACUCGCUCGUCCGCACCGCGCUGCGCCUCGGAUGGGAUUGUAUUGGAUGUGAACUUAUCUGCGGAUUGUAGCGGGGACUUCCGCCUCCUGGACGGACAGCGAGCGAGGCAGUGGAGAAGCCACCACCUCCACGUGGCACCAGUGCGAAGGAUGGACGCUGUGAGAGCCUCCGCUCGAGGGGGAUGGCGUCGGACGCAAGGCCUCGUCGGCCGUUGACCAACUGUCCUUGUGAUUUACGACGAGCGGCGGCCAGCGGUUUCUCUCUUUCUCUCUCUCUCUCAGCGGCGGAAUAAGUCAGAAAGGAGGGACACAAUAAUGAAACCUCACACACCUAUAUAGUCGUCACUCCUCCGCCGCAUCAGUAACCUCUCCUCGUGCGUUGGAAGAAGGCAGCUCCCGCGCCAGGAUUGCUAUCCGCCAUGGUGCGUUGGCUGUAGAGCGGAGUGUGGUGCUGCUCAGGGGCAGAGGCGAAUCAAUGGAAGUGCGCUGAGUAGCCAGGCCAUGUUCCUGUUUUCACUUGGUCACCGCGCUCUAUAAGGUGCCCCUCAAAGGACCAUUGGGGCGCUGACUUACCGGCGGGCUCACUGGAUGUGGACGUCGGUCCCCGUCGUUGUCGUCUAACUCUCCGACCGCGAGCGGUUGGGGCAGCUUUUGUAUUAACCGGUGAAAGCGUGUGGAGUGUCUGAGCCAGCAUGGUGCUGCCGCCGCCAGACAAGCGCCACGUGUGCCUGACCACCAUCGUCAUCAUGACCAGCAUGGCCUUCAUGGACGCCUACCUGGUGGAGCAGAACCAGGGACCCCGGAAGAUCGGCGUGUGCAUCAUCGUCCUGGUCGGCGACGUCUGCUUCCUCAUAGUGCUGCGGUACGUGGCGGUGUGGGUGGGCGCGGAGGUGCGCACCGCCCGUCGUGGAUACGCCAUGAUCCUCUGGUUCCUCUACAUCUUUGUGCUGGAGAUCAAACUCUACUUUGUGUUCCAGAAUUGCAAAGCCGACAGGAAAAGCCUGGAAACGGUGGCGCGGAAAGCUUUGACGUUGUUGCUCUCGGUGUGCGUGCCGGGUCUGUACUUGGUUCUGGUGGCCCUGGAUAGUAUGGAAUACGUGAGAACUUUCCGGAAGAAAGAGGACAUGCGCAGCCGUCUUUUCUGGGUGGCGUUGGAUUUACUGGAUCUACUGGACAUCCAGGCCAACCUGUGGGAGCCGCAACGGACGGGCCUGCCCAUCUGGGCUGAAGGCCUCAUGUUCUUCUACUGCUACAUCCUGCUGCUCAUCCUGCCCUGCGUGUCGCUCAGCGAGAUCAGCAUGCAGGGGGAGCACAUGACGCCCCAGAAGAUGAUGCUCUACCCCGUGCUGAGCCUGGUCACCAUCAACGUGGUCACCAUCCUCAUACGUGGCGUCAACAUGGUGUUGUUCCAGGACAGUCGCGUGUCCACCAUCUUCGUAGGCAAGAACGUGGUGGCGAUCGCCACCAAGGCGUCCACCUUCCUCGAGUACCGUAAGCAGGUGAAGGAGUUCCCGCACCCGCAGAACGCCAUGGCGCUAGAACUGCAGCAGAACUCGGUGAGCCACACGCAGCCGCUGCCCAACUCCACCAGUUUACCGCACGAACCUUCGCCAGCGCAGGACAUCAUCGACACAUGACUGCCUUUUCUGCGAUGAUCCGCGUCUCACAGAACUGUUUCAGCAUCACCUGCCUGUCGGAACCAGAACCUUCACGAGUUUGCAGUGAGCUGACUCCCAAUUUGUAAUGUCUUUUUACAUGUCUAUGUUUUAAAAACUGAACCCAGAGACAAUCUUUUAACUCUCCCGUGACUUUAUGAAAAUUCCCCCUGGAUGAGUGUCGGAAUUUUUACCGCUUCAUUUUCAGCUUUCUUCUUUUCACCUGUCAUGUGAGGAUGUCGAUGUGAAAGAGUCUCCAGUCGAACAUGAACGACACGAUUGGUGCAAAAAAAAUGGGACCCAAGAAAAUUAAUAAAAUACCAGUAGACCAGUGUUGGGUGAUAGGGGCGUGGCCAGCGGUGCAAGCUAGGUUUUCCAAAAAGAUUAGGGGUUUUUGUCGCAGAACUGUGCGUUCCAGGCCCGAGUGAUUGCUGCUGUCACAGCGAGUCAGUGGAUGCAAACAAGUCGUGAGAUUUUCAAGACAAGAAGAGUCAACAUGGUGGCUCACAGAGGCAGAAUAGUCGCUCUUUAUCCUCUGUGAAAGUACAUCAAAAACUGCGUUCCCAUUGGCCGACGUGCUGUGGCUUGGUCAGAUUUGUCAACAUCGGUGUUCGAUGCGCCUGACUCCCACUCCCAUAUUGGUCCCAUAAAGGUCCAUUCAUGCCAUAAAAUACGAACAUUUACCCGUCAAACAAUGUUACCGCCAGUGAUCACGUGCUUCUCUGUGUUCUUUUCCUCGGUAUUGCUGUUCACCAAUACAGCCACCAGGGGCGCAUCCCAGUCAAAGGUUUGUGACAACUACUUACUCCAGCUGUGGAAGAAGUACUGAUAAUGUACCUUUCGCACAAAAGAGGAAACAGAGGCAGCGUUGUAGGAGGCGGUAGUUGGUGAGGCGGUUAAAUCGCCCCACUGUUCGUGUCUCAUCAGAGCUACGUAUCGGGUAGUGACAGCAACACUGCCCCCCAUGGUUUCCUGUGGCAUUGCUCCGUUUGUGGAAACAUGCAGAAAUACGGGCGAAAUAAAUGCAGAGCGGACAAAAGGAUGCAUCCGUAUGCAGAUCCGAGCAUUAAUGGGUCUCUAGUGAGGAGUUCAGCGUGUCUUUAAGAGUGACCUGAAGCUCCUGAACUGAAGGUCUUUGAGGUUCAGGUGGUGCGGAGGUCUGGUGAGGACGACUCCUGGAUGGAAGGAGGUCCUGAUGUGUCGCGCACCCCUGUACACCCUGAUAUGACGGGUUCCAAGUACGUCAGUUCCAAGUAGACGGCCAUUAGCCUCUGGAGCGGUGAGCUAGAGAACGAAGACAAGUCGUUCAUUUGUUUGAUUUGAGGAGCGGAAAGGGUUCAGGCCCUGUCAGGACAGGACGUGCGCAAGUUCUUACGAAGUCACUCGUGAACAGUUAAACAAACUAGUCAUUUCUGUUUGGCCCCAGUGGAGCAGUGAAGGGCUGAAGUCAUCCGUCCAUCAUGUUGGGUCACAGUUAAAGUAAUGGACCGCACAUUUUACGAAUCGGACCCCCGAACUAAACCGACUUGAGGCCAUGACCGAGUGUGAGCAAGGCAAUUGGGCUUUAACUGAAACCCACCACGCUGUUCAUGUACGACUGGUGACUUGUCAGACGUGUUGGGGUCUUAUGAAACGCUCUCCUCAGAAACUAGAGUUUGGGGGGGCACUGACAACACUGGGAGAAGAAUCUGCCUCUUUCAUCGCGGCGCUUCAUGACCAAAAGGUGGGAAUCAAGCGGCGCGGCUGGUCUCAGCGGGCGCUGCUCGGUGCGAGUGCGAGUGGAGAGACAGUUGCCUGCCAGUGCACAAGUGUGCGCUGCGCUGCACAGCAGGAGGUUUUGUUUUGGUUCCUCACACAGUUCUUGGACCAGCUGCGAUGGAUGAAACAAAACUUUUGAGUUGACGACUGUACAUUCCUGGAGGAACUGAAGAGAUGGAGCAGGAAACACUUUGAUGAUGUUCAGUUCACUAUUAUUGAUAUUAUGUAGACGAUUUACUGUGAGAGACAUGUUUUAAUAAAGCUAUGAAGAAACACGGGAGGAAAACUCACCUGUUUCACUCGCCGCCGCAGUUCUCCACGUGUC